UUAGCCGAAUGCUAGUUGACAUAUCCUGGUAAAAACAGAGGAGCGCAGAGCAGCUAUGCGACGUAGCUUGUCAUAGCUGCUCAAAAUAUGAGCAUUGAAUCAUAGCUAGAUAUGGCAAUCGAGGAAUAUUCACAAAGAAACUAACUGAUAAACAAACUUCGUUAAAAUUGCUGCUUGAAAGAAACCAGGAAGAGAUGUUUGAGAAUUUCAAAGAGAGGUUGCAGACGGUACAGCAAGAUUUCACAACGGGGAUCAAGACCCUGAGUGAUAAAUCAAAGGAGGCCAAAGUUAAGAAGAAGCAGAGACAUGAUGAACAUCUGCCUCAAUUCUCUGCUGGAGUUGAACUGCUCAGUAGGUAUGAAGACAACUGGGUGACUCUCCACAGAAAGGCUAAAGACUGUGCGAAAAUUGCAGAGGUGGUGGAUGGGGAAGUGGUGAUGCUCACUGCCCACUGGGAAAAGAGAAGGGCAGCAGUGCAGGAACUAGAAGAACAGCUGCAGCAGAUCCCUGGUUUCCUAACCGACCUGGAAACGUGCACCAAUCGCAUCGCCCAGCUGGAGGCAGACUUUGAGGAGAUGGAGAGCCGACUGAUGUACCUGGAGAACCUGUGUGGUCAGUGUGAGCAACAACGCUUCAAACAGUACCAGGUCCUACAGCUGGAGAGUUACAAGAAGAAAAAGAGGAAAGAGCUGGAGUCCCUCAAAGCGGAGCUGGACUCUGAACACGCCCAGAAGGUGUUGGAGAUGGAACAUGCCCAACAGGUGAAGCUGAAGGAGAGGCAGAAAUACUUUGAAGAAGCGUUCCAGCAAGAUAUGGAGCAGUACCUUUCCACUGGCUACCUACAGAUCACUGACAGGAGAGGUGAGACUAAACUAGUGAGGCCUGGCAGCAUGUCUUCCAUGGAGGUGAACGUCGAUGUUCUGGAGCAGAUGGAUCUCACAGACGUGUCGGACCACGAGGCACUCGACGUCUUCCUCAACUCCGGAGGAGACGACCACAGCCUGUCUUCCUCCGUCACCUCCGGUCCAGACCCAGAGUCACUGUCCUCUGAAAUCUCUCUACGGGUGCCAGCCCAGGCAGAGGUGAGAAGCAAGCCGCCUUCCCUGUCUUCCGGCACCUCUUUGGAGCCGGGCUCGGCCAGCCAGGACACCAGCCAGGGUGAGGUCCAGGACGAGGAGGCCAGCGAGGCCAGCGGAGACGGAGACGAGCCUCUGGUACUUCCGGACGAGGAGGAGGUGCAGGCUGACACGGCACUAGUGGCGCUCCCCGAGGCAGAGCUGUCAAAGAACUCUGACGACAGCGACUCACAGGGCUCUUAGGAGCCGUUGCAGAACUGGCCCCUGGGUGAUAGGAGCUAGGGGGAAGUUGCUUGUAGAUACUGAUCUGGGGUCAGUUAAUGGUAAAUGUUAGGAUCAGGGGACGGGAAUCUGAUCCUAUAUCUGAACCUAGGGGAAAACACAGGAGUAUGAUAUUUUCUCUAGGGGUGUCCUAGUCUCCUUUCCUAAUCUCAGAGGAGAGGAGUCCAGUUCACAUCAUUGAGAUGCACCCUACUACUGUAGAUGGGCUUGGAGUGUAGCUCGGAGAAAACUCAAUCACAGUUUUUUGUUUUUAACGCUUCACCAACAAAAUAAAUUAAAUGUUUGUUUUUUUUAUUUCCUUUUCUUUUUUUUUACAAUCAGCAGUAUUAUGUGAACACGCUUCCUUUCAUUCAUAGUUGGAAAAAUAAAUUAAUUUGUAUUAAACGUU